CCGGGUCCUUCUGCUGCGGUAGAAAUACUACUUUGCUGCUCUGACAUCAAGCUGUCACUGAUUUGAUAUUAUUUUGCGAUAUCGCCAUGCCCAUGUUGCCGGAGCUAUAUUUUAAUGUGGAUAAUGGCUAUUUGGAAGGGCUGGUUAGAGGCUUUAAGGCUGGAAUCCUGACGCAGGGCGACUAUCUCAACCUAGUGCAAUGUGAAACGCUGGAAGAUCUAAAGCUGCACCUCCAAAGCACCGACUAUGGGAGCUUCUUGGCCAAUGAAGCCUCUCCCCUGACUGUGUCCGUGAUCGAUGACAAGCUGAAAGAGAAGAUGGUGGUGGAAUUUCGUCACAUGAGAAAUCAGUCGUAUGAACCCCUUGCCAGUUUUAUGGACUUCAUCACGUACAGUUAUAUGAUCGACAAUGUCAUCCUUCUGAUAACUGGCACACUGCACCAGCGCGCCAUUUCUGAACUGGUGCCUAAGUGCCAUCCAUUGGGAAGCUUUGAACAAAUGGAGGCUGUCAAUAUUGCCCAAACCCCAGCAGAGCUCUACAAUGCUAUUCUGGUUGACACCCCUCUUGCUGCAUUCUUCCAGGAUUGCAUAUCUGAGCAGGAUCUGGAUGAAAUGAACAUUGAAAUUAUAAGAAACACCCUGUACAAGGCUUAUUUAGAGUCGUUCUACAAGUUUUGCUCUUCCUUGGGUGGUACCACAGCAGACACAAUGUGUCCCAUUCUUGAAUUUGAGGCUGACAGGAGGGCUUUCAUUAUUACCAUUAACUCCUUUGGGACAGAGCUGUCCAAAGAGGACAGGGCUAAGCUGUUCCCCCAUUGCGGCAAGCUGUACCCUGAGGGACUGGCCCAGUUGGCCCGUGCUGAUGACUACGAGCAGGUUAAAGCUGUAGCCGACUACUACCCUGAAUAUAAGCUCCUCUUUGAGGGAGCUGGCAGCAACCCUGGAGAUAAAACUCUGGAAGACAGAUUCUUUGAACAUGAGGUGAAACUCAACAAACUAGCUUUCCUGAACCAGUUUCACUUCAGUGUGUUCUAUGCCUACGUCAAACUGAAGGAGCAGGAGUGCCGUAACAUUGUGUGGAUUGCUGAGUGCAUCGCCCAGAGACAUCGUGCUAAGAUCGACAAUUACAUCCCCAUUUUCUGAGCUUCCGCAUAGUUUAAAUGUGAUGAUCUUUGGUCAAUUUCAUUGAUUUCAGGAGGUAACAAUGAUGAAAAAUAUGUGUUGUGGUCUUGUCUGAUGUCAUCUGUUUGAAUUGAUUUGUAUGUUGACAUUGUUUUUGUAUAUUGUGGAGAAAUGGACCAAAAGCAUGACUUAGCUCUGGUUCAUCCUAAGGUGCACCUGAUUAAUCUUGGCAGAUCUGUAGCACUUGGUUUACUGACAAAUGUUCUGGUAGAAGAUGAAACUGCAGAAAAAUGCACUUCUACUAUAUGUCUACUAUACUUCAUUUACUUAUGUUUUUAUUUGUUUUUCAUUUACUUAUUUGUUUUUCAGACAAGUAUAUUCUAAACUUGUCUGAAAAACACUUGCUUUACUUCUUCCAUGUUCUCACUCAGCUGCUUCCUCAGCCAGUAAAAGUCUCAGUGGAUAAUGGAUUGCACAUUGUAGUCAACUGACUGAUCUCACAUCUGAUUGUUAAAGGAGUCCUGUAGAUUUAGAUAGAGUGUAGGAGAGAUCAAAAAUGAAGGUCUGAAUGCAGAGCAGAUUGUGUAGUCCUUGAGAACAUAAGUAAUUACCUUUAAAAAAAAAAACAUCAGGAAUGCUAAGAUUUUAAGAUCCUGUGAAGAUCCUCUCCUGUUCUGCUCUGUGGUGAAUUCACAAUUGUGAGAUCCCAGUUGUAGUAUUGGUGUACAUUUGUUGUAUUUCAUUCCCUUUUGGCAGUGUGUUUACUGAGGACUGCUCACAGCUCUAGUGCUCUGUUUAGUUUUGAGGUUGAGUAAAAACAAUAGUGUUGGUUUGGCCCACCUCUCAAAUGUUUUAUGUAUAAAUAAUGAGACUUGCAACACUUUGACUCCACACAAAAGUUAUUCAGAGGGUGAAAUGUGGUUGCUAUGCAGGGAGAAGUGUGAGUGAGUUUAUUGUGUAAGUAAGACCAAUCUCUCAUUGUAUUCUGAGUUGUCUUUGAAAGCCAGCUUGUGUAACUUUUGUUCAUAAAUGAUCCUGGAAUAUUACAUAG